AUGGGCGGCUUCCAACAAGAAAUCUUCCCAGCCUCCUUUGCACCAGGGUGUGGGUCUGGGCGGGGUCUGCAUGGGCUCAGGGGCUGUGGGGUGUGUGGCUGGACCAGUGACCAGGCGGCAGACAGUUCUAACAGCUGGGCUCCACCAGCACCUGCAGGAGGACCUGUGAGCGGCCCAUCUCCACUUUUAGCUUCUCUGGCCCCUCUGGCCCAGGCCACAGCUGUCCUGGGAGAGUGCCCAGAACAGCUGGCAAUGACACGCUGGGAAGUCACCUUCUGGAGCAGUCCUCUCGCACUUUAG